AUGUGGACCCAAGACGGCGCUCUGCUGCUGCUGCUGUUUGCCUGCUGCCUUUGGUCAGCUGAGGCUCAGGGCGACAGGAGACAAAGCAUAUGGGAUGAUCCCAUCAAAUUCGAAACCAAGGAAAAAGACUCAUGCACGAUGAUUGUCACCGGUCACGGGGAAUACACCAGGCUGAGGCUGUCAUGCCAGAGUAAGAAGCGCUCCUACUGGUGUGAAUACAUUGGCAGGCCUUACACCUGCCGCUCCUACAACAAACAGCCUCGUCACUACUUCUUGCAGAUGAUGUGGAACCUCAGAAAGAUGCACAACGCCUGCCAGGCCCCAAGGCAGAUCAAACCUCACAUGUGCAGGAGGGCAGGCGAUGACGCUCAGAUGGUCUUCUCUUCGGCUUCUUUCUCCCGGGCAGCUCCAGAAGCUUCCACUAGGCAGGGAGUGAGACCAGCAGUACGGCCUGUCAGACCUCAGCGACCUCAGCCUCGCCCUGCACCCACAAGACCUGGAAGGCAACCCAUUCAAGUCCCACCACGAGUAAAAACCACACCAAGAGCCAAUCCACAACCAAUGACACCUCCGGUGGAGAGCAAUGCUAAGAGGAUGGCCCGGCAGUACUGCUGGAGGUCACUUCAAGGCAUCUGCUCCUACUUCAUCGGCUUGGUUCGGCAUUAA